AUGAACUCAAACAAAAUUACUCAUUCUAAGAAAGUAGAAUCUAAUCACCCUGAAAAAAAUAGCUACAGGAUUCCUAGCAAAAAAAGAAUUAAUAGAAUUCAACUUCCAUUCCCUCCUCUGAUUAAAGCGCAAAAUUUUCUUAAAACAAAAAACGACGGAAAAUUGCCAUUGCAUCCACCUAAUAAGUUUUUAAUAUACCGCACUGCGUGGGUCAACGAGCUUCACAAAAAUGGUUACCUUUUUGCGAUGCGAGAUGUAUCAACAAUUGUAAAAGAAAAAUGGAAAGCUGAAAAUGAUCAAGUGAAGAAUUUUUACGCUCAACUUGCAAAUGAAGUAAAAGAAUUUCAUUCACAAGAACGACUUCGAAAUAAUCAACAAUUAAGGCGUCCAUAUCAAGGCAGCAAAUCUUCAAAUGUUCAAUUUCGAAUUCGUAAGUAUGAACAUAAACAAAACUUCACUAAACUAGAAAAUUAUGAACAAAAUCAAAAACAUUGUUCAAAAGAUUUUGAGUUUAAUAUUGAGCAAAUUCCCAAGGAAAUUUUAAUUCAAGAUCCUCAAACUGAAUCAUUGCAUCAAGCGCCUCUUAAUUUGUAUCAACCCCAAACAUUUGAGCUGUUUAAGCCAGUUGAAUUCGAUUCGACUUCAAAAAUCUUAACUAUGCAUAAUCCAAAAGUAGCAUUAACCCCAUUUUCUGAGCCAGACAAUUCACAAUUGAUUUUGAAAUCACCGCAAAUCACAGAAUUUGAAAGUUCAUUUCAAGAAUUAAACACUUGUGAUUCUUCUAAUCCCACAGAAAUAUAUUCAUUUGGAAAUGAAAUUUAUAAUUAUUUAGAUCUUAAUUAUUUGGCUCAAGAAAAUCAAGAAUUUUCUUGUUCGUCCGAUGAUCCAAAUACUUUCAAACAUAUUAAUAUGCAAGAGGAUCUUUAUUUUACUUAA